AUGACGAGCCCCUCGUUCUUAAAAGAUGUGCAAUGGCCUGCUGGAACUCUAGUCCAUUAUCCGGAAUCCGAGGCCUUCACCAAUUCGACAGCACGAUGGUCGAUAUACAAGGCCCCUAGCUUCGCGGCUGUCAUUUCACCCCCGGAUGAAGAGUCUCUAGUUAGUAUUGUAAAAGUAGCUAGGGCUGCGAAGAUACCCUUCCUGGCUACAUCAGGCCGUCACGGAUAUGGGACGUCGCUCAGCAGGCUGCAGAAUGGGUUAGCUAUCGACCUUAGCAAGCUGAAAUCAGUUAAGAUUGAUAAAGACUCUUCAACUCUGACGAUCGGUGGUGGGGUCCAAAAUUGCGAUGUGAUGGAACCUAUUCAUGAGGCGGGAUAUCAACUCCCCAUUGGUACUAGCACACAGGUUGGGUUGGUCGGUGCAACGCUCGGUGGUGGCAUCGGAGCCUAUCAAGGUCUCUUCGGCUUAAUUACCGAUUCGCUUCUUUCAGUGAGACUCGUAACGGCGGAUGGCGACGUUGUUGAAGUGUCGGAAAACUCGAACUCGGAUCUAUUCUGGGGUAUUCGCGGCGCCGGAUGUAACUUCGGCAUUAUCACCUCUGCAACGUACCGGCUUCAUAAACCUGUCAAUGCCGCGCAAGUUAUGACAGCUGAUGUGAUCUAUCCGGGUAGUAUGAAGUCGGCAUAUUUCGAUGUUUUGAGAACAUUCGAAAAUAAUGUGCCAGCAGAACUGGCUAUAGUCCCUGUGAUUUCAUGGGAUGCGGCCUCCAAUGCGACUCAAAUCAUCUCCACGUUCGUCUACAGCGGUCCAGAAUCUAAGGGCCGCGAGGUUCUUGCGCCAUUCCUCGACCUCAACCCUCCUGUUGUUCGGCUAAGCGUCGUUCCGUUCCAUCAGAUGCCAUAUGCAGUGAUUUUCGGCAUGAUAUCUACCCUUGAAACCCCAGGCGGCAUCCACGACAUAUUCACUGUCAACGUUCGUAAAUUCUCUAUUGACACAUUCAACUCGGCUUUUGAGAAAUUUGAUGCGUUCUAUAAGGCCAAUCCAGAUGGACGCUUGAGUGUCGGGAUAUUCGAGAUUUUCCCUACGCAAGCCGUGGCUGCUGUACCAGACGAUGCGACGGCAUAUCCUUGGAGAGAUGCGAAAGGCAACUUCAUGUUCCAAAUGAUGUGGACGGGUUUAGAUAAUCCUGUUGAAGAAGCGGCGAAUGCUCUUGGUCGGGAGUUGCGCCAAGAUUUCGCGGCGACGUCAGGAUAUGACGACCUAUCGGUAUACGUGAGCUAUGCCUAUGGCGACGAGACACGAGAACAAAUAUUUCGCAAGGAUAAGCUACCCCGCCUAGUAGCCCUAAAGAAGAAAUGGGAUCCGGAUAACGUCUUCAGUUAUAACAACCAGUUGCCGACGAGGUAUCCAUAA